GUAAGAUAUAACAAUGGGUUCAUGUUCUUCAUAAUAGAUGAAAAUAUCAAUGAAAGCAAAACUUUCAGAAGUAAAAUAAAAAUAAUCAUUAACAACUACACCAAAUAGAUAAUCCACUUAAUAAAAUGGGAUGAGGUCUCAUUCUAGACACAAUACACAUACAGCUUUUUAAUCUAAUAGUGAUUUGAGUCAACAAGGAUAUAGUUUGAAAAAUAUAAAUUUUUUCCUAGUUUAUAGAAAUACAAAUUUUUCUUCCUACUACAGUUUACUUUAAAGAGAGGAUAAAAAUUUUCCUUUUACGACUAUUUAACAUAACAACACUGGGACUGUAAGAAUUAUUAAGAGUUACAAAACUUCUGAUUCAAAAUAUAUAGCAUAGUUACUCAAAUUUUAACUUGUAUAUAUUUUAUAUAUUCAAGCAUCAUCCAAAUUUGAUAUAAUAAUUUGAAAUAUAUGAAGAAUAAUAAAAAUUUCAUGUUGCUGAAGAGAACAACAAUAAAAUAGUAGUGUUGAAUUCAAAAAUUUAUAAUGAUGAAAAAGACAUUGCAUUUAUCUUUAAUUAAAUGGUUGAGGUUAUUGAGUAUUUGCAUCACUAAAAACUUACUCAUGGACAUCUAACAUUAUAAUGUUUUGCUUUAUUUGGAGAUAAAUAUUUAAAAUUAUAUGAUCUCUACCACUUAUUUAUGAAAAAAAAGCCAACAAUAGAGGAAACACAUUUUUUACCACCAGAAUAUUUUGAAAAUCAAGAAUAUUCUGAAGAAAGAGAUAUUUGGUCUUUGGGAAUAAUUUUAUAUCACUUAUUCUAUCAAUGCUCUCCAUUUGAAUCUACUACUGCAAGUCUUCUUAAAUUGGAAAUAUAAGCAUCAAAUAUUUUAUAUUAAAAUACAAUCUCAGAUGAAGCUAUAUCUUUAUUAUAGUAAAUAUUAGAAAAAAAUCCAAAAAAACGAGUUAAAAUAAAUGAAAUCACAAAACACAUUUGGUUUAAAAAAUAAUAAGUUUUCUUGUUGGAUGAACAAAUCAAAGAGACAAUAUUAAGAUUAAAAUAAUCAAAGAAACUUAAUAUUUUAUAAGUUUACUUACUUAAAUUCAUUAUUAAUAAUUAUCCUCCUGAUAAAUUAAGAGAAAUAUACUCUGUUUUUAGAUCACUAGAUUUAGAUAAUGAUGGCUUUUUUAGUAUUUAAGAACUUAUAACUUCCUAUUCUGAAUUUGUUGAAGAUUCUGAUAAUACAAAAAUUAUUUGCAUGAAUAUAUUUUAAAAGGUUGAUAUGGAUAAGGACAGAAAAAUAACAUUUUAAGAAUUUAUUUUGUAUGCGUUUGAUAGAAAAGAAUUAAUUGAAGAAGAUGUUAUUGAUACAAGUUUUAAGUUAUUAAAAAAUAAAAAAAAUUUUAUUACUGCUGAAUCUUUGUCUAUUUAAUAUACUUUAGAGAAGGAAUUCUUCACAGACAUUAUGAUGGAACUUUUAAAAAAAGAUUAUGUAUUGAAUUUAUUAUAAUUUAGAUGACUUUCUAAAACUUCAAAGAUCUUAUGAAUUAAACAGUUUGA